GCCCAAUUACAACCCCCACCCCCAACAAAUUGUCAUACACUCAUACUAGGGUUUUUCAAGCUUUUCACAAAUACAUCCUCAAUUCCAGCGUUUUAGCCUCCGCCAUCACACAGAGAAAAUCAACAGCUUCGGAGCUACAUCCACACCCAUCUGCGAAAAUGUCUUUGGUGGCAAAUGAAGAAUUUCAGCACAUUUUGCGUUUGUUAAACACAAAUGUUGACGGGAAGCAGAAGAUCAUGUUUGCUAUGACUUCAAUCAAGGGUAUUGGCCGUCGUUAUGCUAAUAUUUGCUGCAAGAAGGCUGAUAUUGAUAUGAACAAAAGGGCUGGUGAGCUCACUGCUGCAGAGCUUGACAAUUUGAUGACAGUCGUAGCAAAUCCUAGGCAAUUCAAAGUCCCAGACUGGUUUCUUAACAGGCAGAAGGACUACAAGGAUGGCAGAUACAGUCAGGUUCUUUCUAACCAGCUUGAUAUGAAACUUAGAGAUGACCUUGAGCGUCUCAAGAAGAUCAGAAACCACCGUGGUCUACGUCACUACUGGGGUCUGAGAGUUCGUGGACAACACACCAAGACUACUGGACGUAGGGGAAAGACUGUUGGUGUCUCAAAGAAGCGUUAAGGAUUUAUGUUUGCUUCUCUAUGGAUCUAUUACUACAAAUUUAUCUCUCGGUUUUGUUUUUUUGAUCAAAAGCUAGCAUGAGUCUGAGAAAAGUAAUGCUGUUUUGGCAAAUUUAUGCAGUUAAAUGUUAAUUUUGUAGAUCUCAAUUUCAACCCUUGAGGCUUUUGUUAUGAGGAGGUAUGCUUUUAGACUUUGCA